AUGGCUUUAAAGAAGGGGAAGGCAGUGAUGAGUUAUUUUGUAAACCGUCAAGGUUUGCGAAUUAGAACAUACGCGUGCGAAGUAGAUAACCCAAAGGGCAAAAUAUUCCUAGUCCACGGGAUAAAGUCACAUUUUUUCGGUGAUUACGUGGGCUAUAACGUUGAUUGGUACUUUAAAUAUUUAGGUGAAUACAAGAGUAAUCACGCACUAGAAUUGGAAAAAUUCGAGCGCAAACUGGUAUUUAACAAAAGAGAUCUUAAAAGUUGUACCGCUAGCGCGAAAGUCGAUUCUGGUCCGGUAGAUUCAGUAGAGGACGUUAAACUGAAGACGGAAAAGAGCGAUGAAGAGAGCAACAGAGUUCACUCGUUUAACUGUGAUAAUUUAGAUGGCAGAGAUUUGUUCGAGUUAACGCCUCGUUACAAGUACGAGGGUUCAUUUGUAGAGUAUCUUAACAAUUUGGGAUAUUCAACGUAUUCAUUGGAUCACCAGUCUCACGGGUUAUCAGAGUCUGCCACUGAGAAACGUUGCUACUUUGUUAAUUUCGACGACGUUUGCUAUGACCUUAUCCAGUUCAUAACACUGGUGAAAAAAGGUAACUUCUUUGAGCCAAACCAGACCUUUAACGAGGAGGACAUACUGAACAAUGGCCCAAAUCCAAAUAUUACCACCUCUUCGCUAUACAAAAACAAGAAUAAAAGCGAUAAUUAUUACCUUUUUGGCUUAUCUAUGGGAGGAAAUGUAGUACUUCGCACAAUGCAGCUGUAUAACCUCAAGUACAAAAACGCUGCUAACAACCCAAAAGUUAACCUUGUCGAUGCGCUAGUUUGUUUUGCUGGAAUGAUCGAUAUUGAUUUCCAGUAUACUUCUGUCAAACGUUUAUUCCCAUUAUUUCGCUUAAUUAAUAAAUUUGCACCUAAACUGCGAGUUGGCAAAACAUCCGACUUCCUAGAGUGUCUCACAAUGUUCAUGCGAUACCACGAUCCGACUUAUUUCUCUGAAAGAAUCUGUUUAAAAAUGGCCUUAAUGAUAUACGAUGCGACCAAGACUUUGGAUAAGGCGUUUGAUCAAUAUCCUAUGGAUCUUCCCACCUUGUUUUUACACUCCAGUGACGACACCACAUGCGACGUUAAGGGCCCGAGGCACCUCAUGAAGACAUACUUUUCACAGUCGAACCUAGUCAAAUUUCAAGAAAUCGAAGGAGGAGCACAUGUUAUCACAUCACCACUCUACACUAACAUCACAGGUCCUCUAGUUUCUGAAUUUUUGCAAAGUUUAAACAAAUAA